AUGGAGUACGCGAAGCCGAGGUCCUUUGCUGCGAGCAGCGGGAAGCAACUGCCCCUGUUGCAUGAUCCGGAGCUGGUGGAUGAUUACAAGGACAUACUGAAGCUGAAGCCCUAUGCGCGGGAAGAAGACAGCGGGAGUAACAUGGGCAGUGUUGUGGUGACGCCUACGGAGAGGACAGCUGAAAUGCCGGCUGCUGCGGAAUCACCCGCUGUGGAAGCACCCGCUGUGGACGCACCCGCUGUGGAGGUGGAGGAGGUAGAAGAGCUAGAAGAGGUUAAGGAUACGGAUAUUGCACAGGAAGGUUUGGACAGUAUACGGGCGUCGAUGAUCAGUGGCACGUCCAGCCGAUAUUCUGUUGGUAGCGAGAUGCCGGCACGACACCUGCGGCAGUCAAGCGAGGAGCCCCUAGACGGGCUCACUGAUCCCGCUUCCUAUAGCGACGACGACGAUAUUCACGGACAUGGGCAUGACUACGAGGGUGCACACGGAGGCACAUACGAUGAUGAAAACGAUAACACAUACAACUACUCAGACUCUGAUUUUGAAGACAACUUAGAACAACGGAUGAAAGAAAUAGAUCAUGAAGAUGAGACUGAUGCUGAUGGUGCAGGUUCGCCAACAGCUCCUGCAACUAGCCGGUUCAGUCACAACAGCGACGAUGACGAGGAUGCUGAGAACAAGAUAGAUGGCUUGCAUUUUGAAUCUUCAGAUGACUCUUCCUCAGACGAUAACUUGCUAUAUGCAGAGGAAGAUUUUGAAGAGGAAGAAGACUACACGCCAUUGCCACCACCUAAGGAGCUAGACCCUGAUAAACUAUACGCCCUGUAUCCUUUCCAAGGUCCUGAUUCUUCGCAUUGCCAAUUAGAACAAGACGAACCUUGUAUACUGUUGAAUGACCAGGAUGCAUAUUGGUGGCUAGUUAAGAGAUGUUCAGACAAGAAGAUUGGCUUUGCACCCGCAGAAAUACUGGAAACUUUCCCGGAGAGACUAGCAAGGUUAAACUGCUGGAAGAAUGAAAAUAUGUCCACCCAUUCGUUUAUUAACAGUGAUGGAACAAUUGAACGGAGAUAUGAUGUUAUUGAUGAUGAGACAGAUGAAAAUUUAGAGAAUAGAGACUCCGGCUUGAAGAAUUACGGCAAAGGUAAUAAGUCAGUGAGUUUCAAUAAUGUUGUCGAAUACGCAGAGAGAAUUUUGGAUGACGUAUUCUCUGAAUCUGAUGAAGAAUCUAAUAGUGUAAAACAUCAUGAUGAAUUUUCUGAGGGGAAACUUGGUCACAACGCAUUAUACACUAACGAUAAUAUAAUAGAUGAUGAUGAUGUUAGUGAAGUUGUCAGUGAUGUAUCCUUUGGUCAGAACAAUAUGGCACCACUAAACAUUAAAAAAGUUCGCAAGCAUACCGAAGAUCAAACAUUAGAAAAAACGACUGAUUCAGGUGAUGCACACUUAGAAAAUAGCAGCAUAUCUAAUGCUAUGAUGCGCAAGGAUGGGUUAGGUAAAGGUGAUUCAGAUAAGGAUUUUGAAGAACAUGUUUCAACUAAGAGCGACAAUGUACCAAAACUGUCGGAAAUGGACAGAGAUGGAACUGGGGAAGAUUUUAAAAAUUCUAAAUUUCAACUUCCUCAUACUGAGAUUUCUAAUAACAACAAAAAGCAUAAAGAGCUGGAUAACAAAUUAGAUGCUAAAUCACCAUCAAUUCGUGUAGAUGAUGUCUCAGAAGCCAUUGAAUCAAUAGGGGAAGAAGACCAUAUUGAUGAUGAUUCCGAAGAAGAUGAGGUUAUGAAAGUAUUUGAAGCUCCAAUGGCCCCAUUUGCUGGCAAUAGCUCUUCACAAAUGCCCAACUCUAAUUCUGACUAUUCAAUUUCAACUAUAGGUGAAUAUUCACCUUCAUCUGCUGAAAACGUGAUUGACUCACCAAACCCACAAUCCUUAGAAGAUCAGACGCUAAUUCCUUCAUCUAAAGCCGUUAGAGAUAUAACUCAUUUGAUGAAAAAGGAAGAUGACGAAGAUGAUGAGCACAUUCAUAUAGACCAUACUGAAGAAGACAACCGGGAACUGCUCUCAGUAUCUUCGAGUGACGCAGAAAAUGAAUUUGCUACUGAUGUAACUACUCAUUGUCUCGGAUCUUCAGCUAGUGUAAGCUCGGCAUUCUCUAAGAACCUUCCCAGUAGAAGUGGAAGCAGUAUCACCUCAGAAAGCGGUAAACACCAUCCUAUGGUUGAAAAACUGUAUGGUUCAAUGUUUGAAAGAAUGGAUAGUUUAUUCCAAAAAUUAGAUGAAGUCGUGCAGUAA